AUUAUUUUGCAAGAACAAAAAAGUAAAAUGUCGACACCCGUGAGGGCUGUUCGUCAAGUAAAGCCAGUUUUGUCAUUAAAUAAAGCUGAAGCACAUAGAAGAGUUUUAAAUUUAUAUAGAGCAUGGUAUAGACAAAUACCUUAUAUUGUACUGGACUAUCAUAUUCCUAAGACUGAAGAAGAUCUGAAAGCUAAAAUCCGUGAAAAAUUCUAUGAGCACAAAGAUGUUAGGGAUAUACGUAUAAUCGAUUUACUUGUUAUAAAGGGUCAAAUGGAACUGAAGGAAACAGCAGAGAAAUGGAAGAAUAAGGGAACUUUUAUGAACUAUUUCUCUGAGACCGUAGAAAAGAAACCUUCUGAUUUUAUGUCGAAAUUUUUGAGUGGUCAUGAUUAAUUUAUGAAUACAUAUAAGUAGUUUCGAAAUAAAUAAAAAUUUUAAGUAAAUUAAAGAUAAAUGUAAUAAAUUAAUCUUCAAUAAUUGUACAAGAUAAAAUUACUUAAUGAAGAUAAUAAAAUGUAUAUAAGAGAUUAAAUAAAUU